UAGGAGAGGAGGGAUUUAGAGUGUUGGUAGGCAGGUUGGGACUACAGUAAUACAUCACCAGCACCGUGUGUUUAAAUGUGACUGACUGACUAAAGUUCUGGACCCUCAGUUGUGAGCGAGAGGAUCUCCAGUGCAGAUUGACUGCCUGCGGAGAACUGGAAUUUUAACAACCCCUUGGCUCCACGUCAACCAAUCAAAGCAGGACAACAAGGCACGACACCAUGGCGACAGACUCCAUGGCCAGCCCCCAGAGCACCGAUUCCCUAGACGAGCGGGUCAGCGAGGCAUACUCGGCCGCUGAUCUGGACUCUCUGUCCGACGGAGAAGCUCGCAAGACAACUGAGGGGGAAUCCAACUCUGCGGAGCCCACUGAUCCUCACACCGAGGCAGUGGACGGUCCUGGAGGGACUGGUGAUGGUCACUCGGUUCCUCCCUCAGACACUAACAGCACAUCACUUGCUGAGGGGGUCACUGGGGCAGACGGUCAGGUCACCUGUGUGAAGUCUGUGAGUGGGAAGGGUCCGGUCCUCUCUGGGGAUUGUCCACCUACGCCUCAGCUGGAGGGGACCGACCAAACUGAGGAGGGUGAGGUGAAAGAAGGAAGCCAGGAAGAGGCAGCGCCACCCUCUGUCCACGCUGUGGAGACCCCAGAAGAAGUAGAUAGUGAGCAGCAAUCCACCAACAGCUCAGAACCAGUUGAGCAAGCUGAGGGUCAUGCAUAUGAAAAGGAAGGAGAUCUGACUGAGCGUGGACACACCCUGAUGAAUGCGUCCAACCCACAGGAGGUUUCAGGGGUAACAGAGGAUCCCUCAGAUGAAACUGAACAAGAGCCACUGGACGCACCCGACUCUCCGGUCUUCCUGUCUGACGGCGGCGUGGACGCAGGUGACCUAAGUGUGGACCACCAGCCUCUGGACUUCAGUUUGGCGCGGGAGCAGUGGGUCAGGCGGGACAGCACCAGCGGCAAGGCCCCGACGCCGUCCGGCUCCCGGCGGUCAUCUGUGUGUCGCCCCCUAGACCUGCCCACGGCUCUGACCAGCCAGCUGCCCCUGGCUGAGGAGGCACCGAUUGAAGCUGAUGCUGCUAUAGCAGCAGGUGACCAGCAGGGGGAGGAACAGCCACACAGCCCAUCUGUGCUCAAGGAAAACCAGGAAGGGCAACAGGUGUGUGAGGAAACUCCACCCAUGGAAACUGUUGCCAGGAAGUUGGCCAAUCAGGUGGCAGAGAGCUCUGGUGCCAGCCCUGUUGUGUUGAAAGAGCCUUUGAGAGAGGCCGGAGCGGAGGGGGAGGGAGAGGGGGAGAGAGAAAGUGGACAAACAAACGGAGAACAGACGGCUGCCAGCACUCACACGGCUGAGGCGCAGGAGGAAGGACGGGCAGAGGGAGUGGACGGCCGCUGCACAGAAACAGCACAACUCAAAGGAGGAGCUAAUGCUGCUGGUCCACUGAAGGCCUGCAGGAUGGAGGACCCGUACGACGACAACCAGAGUGACAGCGGCGUCUCGGCCGACUUCUCGGCAGAGGUGUCCACCAGAACCCCCUUGUCCAACUCUCCCGAGCCCUGCAAGCCCCCGGCCAACGAGACCCCCAUCGAGCGGGAGAUCCGCCUGGCGGCCGAGCGAGAGCAGAGCCUGCGGCAGGCCCGCGGCCUGAGCCUCUCGGACAAGGAGCAGGAGUUUGUGGACAUUCCUAUCCGGAGGCCCAUCCUCUCCCAGACACUGCCGCCCGCCAAGACGGUCAAGGACAAGGGCAAGGAGCGGCAGUUCGCCGGGAAGAAGAUGCAGCGCGAGAUCAGCCAGGAGACGCAGCGCGAGCAGGACCUGGUCCAGCUCGGACGCGUGCAGGGCUUCUACGAGAAGGGCACCGUCCGGCAGCUGCGCGAGAGGAAGCUGCUCUUCGAGGCCUUCCAGCAGCCCCAGGAGAUGCCCACCAACGCCGGCGCCAGCCAGAGGACCGCGUCGGUGUCAGCGAGUGACCUGUCCACCCUGGAGGCUCUGGGCGACGAGUCGUCCGCCUCCUCCACCUGUGGUAGUGAGCGGAGGCACAGCCUGGAGCUUCUCUCCCCGCGCCAGAGCCACGCGCCGGCCACCUGCGGGCCGGGCCUGUCGGAGGGCACCAGCAGCCAGAUAAUCAUCAUGGAGGGUCACCACAUCUCCCAGAUGCCCCUGUCGUACCCCGAGUGGACGCCACACACUUCCCCAGGCCAUCUGACCGAAGAGCAGGCGGUGACCGUAGUGGACGCUGGGACGGUAGCGGCCGCUCCCUCGCCACCCUACGUGAAGACGGAGCAGGAGGAGAGGGAGGGGGAGGGGGAGGAGGUCAACUCGGUCAUGGUGCGGGAGAACCCCUUCUUCAAGCUGCGCUCCUCCAUGUCCAUGCGGCCGGAGGUGGAGCGGGACAUCCGGCAGGCCCAGGAGCGCGAGAGGGAGCUGCGCAAGCAGAGGACCAGCCUGUACCAGGGCUCAGUGGGGGCGGAGGCGGGAAGCAGCCCGACACAGAACACCCACAACGGACCCGCUCAGACCUGCUCUUCAGCCCAGUACUCCCUUGGUAAGACCGACCUCACAGUGACCAGACCCCAGACAGACACAACUCACAGGGAGCAAACGGAGGCCCUGAAAAGUCCCUUCGGUGUUGUCAGGACCCCUCGGCAGAAGACUCCACUGGUGCAGCGCUGGGAGGCGGGAAUGGUCAACGGCCAGGAGGACUGACCGCAGCGCGAGCGCGCACUGUUGGGGGGCACGGGAGCGCCAGGAUACUGGGAAUGCCUUUUGGGGAUGUGGGAAUACUGGCCAGCGGGCAUGUUGGGACGCUGGAUUGGGAAUGGGACUGUUUAGGAGCGGUGGAAUUUUGGUGGAAUUGUGUGAAUGUUAGAAGAACGUUCCUGCUCCUAACUCCAGUGCCAUCAGAUGGUUAGUGACUCCACAAAUGAAAGCCUGCAGCAGCCCAGGCCACAGCUGUAACAGGUUGCAGGGUACCCUAGUGUUCAGCCAUCACAAGAACAUUCUCUUCCAUGUUCUUUUUUAGCUUACUAUACCUGUAACAAGCUACAGUCAAUUAAUUAUGACAUGAUUACUGUAGAACUCCUUAUUCAUCCGUGCAAUAACUUUAACAAGUACAUAACUUAUUUAACAUGAGUAGAUAUUAUAUUGUCAUGAGUGUAAAAUUACAACAUACUAAUGUUUUAAGAUUAGCUGUCAGUUGGACCAGAUUGUAAUUAUGUAAAAGGGUGCACAUGAAAUACACCUCUGUAUAUAAUGCACCUUCUCCAUGAUGGUUCAGCAUUAAAGAUUACUAAUGAUGAUAACAAAUCUCUCAGUAGAGCAGUUGAAGGAACAAAAUAUUAUCUGUAAUAAAUCAGCUUUCUUUGCCA